UGCAGUUUAUGUCAAUAAAAUCGGAUAUUGUCAUAGGUAAGGUGACAUCUUCAAGGGAGUUAGGUGGAGUUGGCAGGUCUGUGAUUUGUUGUUAUAUUUUGUAUCACUAGGUAGAUUAGCCGAAAGGGCUUUUACAACAAAAAUCAAAGUAUUUUCUCUAGUGCAAAUCGUAUGGCGAUGUAUACAAUGAUAACGGAUGCCAUCACCCAGUACACUGGACUAUCACCGGCGGCGUUUUUCACCAUAUCGGCGAUGAUGGUGGUGGUGUAUAAAGUUGUCUCCGGCAUGUUUGUGGCGGCGGAUGACUACAUGGCUGUUAAACGUGAACAGGAAUACGUACAGCGUGAACCAGUCCAAGUAGGAAACAUCACGGAGGACGAAUUGAGACCUUACAACGGUUCUGAUCCUAGUAAACCCUUAUUGAUGGCCAUUAAAGGAAAGAUCUACGAUGUUUCUCGCUCCAGGAUGUUCUAUGGUCCUGGAGGACCAUACGCUUUGUUUGCUGGUAGGGAUGCUAGCCGAGCUUUAGCUCUCAUGUCAUUUGAGGCAUCUGAUCUUACUGGGAACAUUGAGGGUCUGAGUGCAUCUGAGCUUGAAGUUCUGGAAGAUUGGGAAGCUAAGUUUGAGGAGAAGUAUGUGAAGGUUGGGCAGCUAGUCUCAGAAGAAACAACAUCAACCGAUGUUACCCAGGAUCAGACUAAAGUAGAGUAGCUGCAUAACUGUAGAUCGUAUGUACCAUUUCAAAAAUAUAAUUGGUUUUAUGUGAAUACAAGAUCUAUGACACUUUGAAACUCAAUCUUGUGUAAAGAUUCUGUAACCUCAUUUUUGGUUUGUUGGAUAUAUAUACCUUUUUUUUUCUUCGUUAAACUUGAUAUCAUGCAUUUCAGGUAGUGUUUUGUAUGUAAUGAAAUGCUGCCACAUAAUGAUAUGAAGUAUUUACCACGUAGAAAAUACAAAUUUAUUGUUAUUUUUCAUGUUUUGUUUUUUCUCUUGCAUACUACUAAUAGAGACUGCUUUAAGCUUCAGAAUUUUACUACUUAAUUCACAUAUCUUAAAUCAAGUUGGUG